AUGAGUAGCAUUGACCAGACUUCAAUCGUGGCUCAGAAUGCAUUUACUGCCAUCUCUAUAGAAGGCCUGUUAUAUCGAAACGUCGAAGGCAACACAGUUGAACUGCCCGCGACUCUCCGUCGCAUGUCCCCUCCCCUGGACCUCGUCGACGUUUACCCUCAUCCAAAGAUCACUCCCUUCAGAUACCGUCAGACGUUAGACUGCUGCCUCCCGGACGGUGCUCCGCCACGUAGUCCUUCCAACCUUCCUCCUCCUGGGCACUCCGAACUAUCUUUCAGUCUGGGUCCUAUCAUAGGCUCAGGUCGCACUGGAAUUGUCUACGAUGUUCGCAAUGCCUCUAUCGAUCAUAGUAAGGGUGAUGUCUCUACAGAGACUCCCGGCUACCUGCCUCCUCUGGUGGUCAAAGUCGCUUACAGGAAUCGUUGUCUGUCGCUCGUUCGAGAGGCCUGGUUCUACGAGGAGAUGGAGUGUUUGCAGGGCGCAUCUAUGGCACGGUGCUAUGGUUGUUUUGAGCUCGAUUUGAAACGCGGAUGGCGUCUUCACCCGUGGCGGUACCGCGCAGGAAAGGCGCCCGAUGGUUGCGAGUAUGACAGUAUCCCAGAUUAUGACGAGUACCCUCCUGCUACCGCCAGACGGGUUGGAAUCGCCCCGCAUCCGAUGCUGCCAGAGUUGAUUAUGGAGCGCGAUCGUGUAUUUGUACUUCUUCUCGAGCGGUUGGGAGACGAAUUGUCACCUAGGGUAUACUCUGAGGCCGAAAAGCAGGACAUUCGGGAUAUCUACAAGGACGUCGCUAGCCUCGGCAUCUCGCUUGUAAGCGACGUCCGGCCGAGCAAUAUCCUCGCCGCCCCACCCAGUCCCCCGGGCCUCACCAGUCUUCCGUCUCCCUUGGCCAGUAAAGCUCACGCAUUCCGUCUGAUUGGUUUUGAGUUGGCGCAGAAGACUCCAUGGACGGCAAGGAUCAUUACCGGUGACCAGCAAGAAUGGGUGAACAAUAUGUUCGACUGCCUGCCGUAUUACCUACCCAGAGAAGUUGAUCGCGAUCCUCUAUCUACUUCUUUCGAUUUUUGACGCUUCCCAAGAAUUCCCUAGUGUACUGUCCUGGAUAAGUAAUUGCAGCGCGAUACCCAGCCUCGCAUUCUUCCUCUUGUACAAUCCAGUUUAUGCUUACACAAAUAUCGAUUCUUUU